GUUUUCGAGUAUUUUGAUUUUGGAAACAAGAAACAACUGAAGAUUUUUAAUAAUUAUUCUUAAAAGGCAACAUUUUAAGUAAAGGGAAUUGAAUCAUAACAAAUUAAUAAAUUGUUUUCGUAAUUCUUGAAAAAGAAAAGUUUGGCAAUGGAUUGGGAAGAUGAAAAUUUAUCCGACAACAGAGAACAUCGUAAUAAUGUUAUUCACUACAUUUUAAACAAUAGUUCCAGUAAAAUUCCUAUAAAACAUACCGAGAUUGUUGCUCGGGCUCUGAAUGGAAAGCCCGCUUUGUUAAAUCAAGUUAUGCCGGCAGUAAAGGAAGCCCUUGAGAAUACUUAUGGAAUUCUAUUGAAAACCGUGCCGGAAACAAAAAGUGGAAAACUAUACAUAUGUGUGUCCAAAUUUACGGCAGUAUCCAGCAACGAAUAUAAUGAAACUCAACGUUCCCAACUAACACUUUUGUUUUUAGUCCUUUCCUAUAUAUUCAUGAGGGGAAUUCCAGUUUCACAAGAUUUCCUAGAAGAAUUCCUUAAAGGGUUGCAUAUUUAUUUUGAUAAAACUCAUCCAUAUUUCGGAUCAAAUAUUAAAAAACUCAUAACCGACACAUUUGUCAAACAACUCUAUUUAAAGAAAACCAAAAGUGAUAAGGAUGCAAUUGAAAAUGAACUCUUUUACACAUGGGGUUAUAGAAGUGAAGAAGAAUUUUCAAAAAAAGACGUGCUAGAUGCAGUUUCAAAGUUGCUAAAUAAACCAGCUAAACAAUUUGUUCUGCAGUACUUGCAAGCAAACUCUGAUGAAGCAGUAAAUUAGUGCAACCAAUUCUUUUUUUGUUAUAUCUUUGGUCUAAGAAAAUAUUCAUUUAAUAAU